GCCAUAUUAUCGAGGAAACGGUUCGGUCCGCAGGAGCCCUUAGUUACGGGCAAGAAUAAGGGGGAGGCGUUUGAAACAUCACCAUCAACAAAUCAAACCUCGAUCUUUUUAUUCGUAAGUUUUAAAUCCACGCUGUCACAGGCCAGCGAAGCAGCUGGCCCAAACGGUUUUUGAAUUUUUUUCCCGUUAUUGAUCUGAAGGCCAAAGCGGCUGCCAUGGAUUUUUAAGGCAUAAUGCGGCACCUCUAAUGCAAUGGCGAUGCAUCGUGCAAGGCAAAAUCAACUGCGAAAUUCCAUCUUCGCAACUGCUAAGCAGUUGGGCUCAAAUACCGUCCGCGGUAUACCUGCGAGCCAGCCGGUACCUCUGCUCCUGGACAGGAGGAAGCUAACGCUAGCAAGCUAGUCACCUUAGCUAGAAAGAGCGAGAGAAAGAAAAACAUCGAUUCAUCUGAACGUCAUCAACACUAUCGAUCAAAAUGAAGCCUCAAGACAUCAUCGCCUCGAAGACCAGCCUGUGGAUCUUCGGGUACGGGUCGCUGGUGUGGAAACCUGACUUUAAAUACAAGAGGAGCAAGGUCGGUUACAUUCAAGGCUACAAGAGACGUUUCUGGCACGGAGACAACUUCCAUCGCGGGAACGACAAGUCGCCCGGAAGAGUGGUGACGCUGAUUGAGGAUGAUGACGCAAGCACUUGGGGUGUGGCGUUCGAGGUGACAGGCUCUCAAGUUGAGGAGUCCCUGAAGUACCUCAACGUGCGCGAGACGGUCUGUGGCGGCUAUGCCACCAAGAUGGUGGAUUUCUUCCCCCAGGGGGAGAACCAGUCACCGGUUCAGGCACUGGUCUAUAUCGCCACCUCCGACAACCCCCUGUACCUGGGGCCGGCCAGCCCAGAGGAGAUUGGCAUCCAGAUCGCCAUGUGCAGUGGGAAGACAGGGCACAACCUGGAGUACCUGCUCCGGCUGGCCCAGUUCAUGAGGAGCAGCUGCCCACAUGUGGAAGACCAUCACCUGUUCUCCAUCGAGGCAGCAGCAGUGGCCAUGGUGUCCUAUCUGUUAAAAUCCAGUGGCUCGUACCCUUUGUCUCAUUAGCUUAUAGUGGAUAUAGACACACACACACACACACACACACACACACACACACACACAAGAUUGAGGCUUUUCAUCUGUCACUCCAGUCCACCUGUGUUGUAUGUUGUAAAAUCUAUCUCCACACUACCAUGCACUGUACUUUAAUCAACUGAAAGCUAAAAAGAAAAGGAAAUAACAUCAUAUGAUAUUAAGGGUUUGGGUUUUUUUGUUUUGUUUUUUUUUUCUUCUGAACCUUCCUGACCUCAUGUUCACAUUGUAAUGUAACAUGUCAAACCUGAUACAUGUUUGUACACCUACAAGAAGCAUGAUCACUGACUUGUUGACUGUAAAAGCAUCUGUUUUAAAGGGAACACCAACUUUUUUUUAUUUCUGUUAUUAUCAUUUGCACAGUUCAGAUUCCGUCCAGUGCAUUCAGACGGGACAGCAAUUCACUGUGGUAGUAGUCAAACCUGUUUGAAAGUCACCAAAUUGCUGCUGUGUAGACCUGUUUUGGGAAAAGUUGUUGGUGGCAUCUUUUUCCAUCAUGUAAUAACAAGCCCCAAUUAAAAACAAUUUAAAAGAACUCAUUUGUCACUGCUGUUUGAGCCUUACAGGAACUGUGAGCCAUCUUCUUCAGAACAUGAGCUAAUAAACUUUAGUGCCGUCAUCUUUUGCUGAUUUGCACAAAAAAAAAAAAAACAUUCCAUAUGACAUGUGGUUCAUAGCCUUGGAACACUUCCAAGUAAAACUUUUUACUACCUCCUUUCUUUUGUUUUUGUGGUGAGGAAAAUGCUUCCAGUGGGAUGUGUGUGCAUCCAUGUAUGGAAAAGCCACACGGGCUGAUGUGCAAAGUAAUCUAGAAAGCAUAUAGCCUUGACCAGUGGUCCAGACC